CUGCCUGGACAGUAAAUGCUGGAGAGGCUAAAGGCUGCAGUUCACUACAAUGUGGGUUGUCUCUGCCAGGAAGUUGCAGAAGAUCAAGACAUUCAGUUUAGCAAGCAAACCAUUGCAGCUAUUUCGGAGAUUACCUUCAGGCAAUGUGAAAUUUUUGCAAAAGACCUUGAAAUGUUUGCAAGGCAUGCAAAACGAAGCACAAUUAAUUUAGAUGAUGUCAAGCUGUUGGCCAGAAGGAGCAGUUCUUUGGAGAAGUAUAUAAGCCAGAAGGCAGAAGAGCUGGUAUUGAAUAAUCUGGAACAAAAGGAGAGGAAGAAAAAGAAGUCUGGUACAACAAAG